AGUAUGAGACAUUACAUUCUGCACUAGGUGUUUAUAUUGAAGUUAAAUAUAGAGCAGUCUCAUCGGAUGUACACACAUAGGUAUCUGUCUGACUUUAGAUGGAAGAGGCUGCUCCCUACUCUGCCCGCCCCCAGCCUAAAAAGGACUCUGCAACAUUCUAAAGUAUCCUCAUGUGGACUUGUGAUUUAACCUUUUGCUUCCUGGGACUGUGCGGCUGGCUAAUCAAGACUAAUUUGGCUAAUCUAUAGGAUCUCAGCAUUUCUAAAGCACAGGUGGACUUAAAAACUAGGAAAUACGUAAAGAAUAACUCUUGAGUUCUACAAGGGAUUUUGUCUAAACUGUUGCUCAGUAUGGCAGCCUGCGUCACUAACACGGACAGUUCUCAUAAACUGGUAUCUGGAGUAGUAAUGGAUGGAACUACUUGUCAGCCCAAACUUACAAGUGGAAUAUUUCAUCUCCCAUUGGAUGUUUACAAUGUUCAUUGAUUUACCUGAAGAGUAAGAAAAAUUAUAUCAUAUCCUACGAUAAAACAAGCUGAUCGGUGUGUGAAACGCGUUAGCUUUUUAUAGCUGUUUUAUCACUGCAAUGCUUUCCUGCACAUUUGUGCAAUAAAGGAUUUUUUCCUUUAGAUGCCACUGUGAUAACACAGUUUAUCCAUCUACAACUGCUUCAUUCCUAUGGAAACGCUAUCCUCAGAGUUGUAUAACAGAGGGAUGAAUCGCCUGCACCAAAGAACAUAACUUGGAGAUCAUCUGAUGUUUAAGGCCAAUAAAUGCCACACAAAAAAAUUAAAAGUUGAAGCGGUGAAGAAAGCAUUGCAGGAGCUGCAGUUAAAUGUGGUGGAAAUGACGGAUGAAAAUGCGACUCUGGAUGGGGGAGACGUGUUAUUUACAGGAAGGGAGUUCUUUGUGGGUUUGUCCAAAAGAACAAAUCAGAGAGGUGCAGAAAUUCUGGCAGACACGUUUAAGGAUUACGCAGUUUCUACAGUGCCCGUAUCAGACUAUUUGCAUUUGAAGAGUUUCUGUAGCAUGGCCGGACCAAACCUUAUCGCCAUUGGCUCAAGCGAAGCUGCCCAGAAAGCUCUGAAGACCAUGCAACAGAUGAGUGAUCAUCGCUAUGACAAACUGACAGUCCCUGAUGACAUUGCAGCUAAUUGCGUUUACUUAAACAUACCAAGCAAAGGGCAUGUGUUACUGCACCGCACACCCGAAGAGUUUCCAGAGAGUGUAAAGGUGUUUGAGAAGCUGAAAGACCAUAUGCUAAUCCCAGUCGCCAACACAGAACUGGGGAAAGUAGACGGAGCCCUUACCUGCUGUUCCCUGCUGAUUAACAAGAAGACAGAUCUCUGAGAUUAACUAAUAGUUCCUGUGUAAUUGGCAAUAAAGUACUUGCAAGACAGCAAAGUCUCCGGCCACCUACAGUAUUGUAUUUUAAUUGACAAUCUACCACUGUGCUACUAAACCACGAUUACUAUUAUAGCUUAGGUGCUGUUCACGUAUUGUGAAAGAAUAAGGAAAACACAUUUAAGAAGUCACUUAAAUUCUGGACUUGUUUUGAUGUAUGUGAAUAAAUGUGAUUCAGAACACAAGACAA